AUGAGCCCAAGCUCUGCUGACUCUGCCCCCGACGCCGACUUUGCCUUCAACAUGGACGCUGCCACCGCCACCAACGCUCGCAUCAACAAGUUUGAUAGUACGAACUUCCACACUUGGAAGUUCAAAAUGCAAAUGGUGCUGGAGGAGCGGGACCUUUGGGAAGUGACAAGCGGGAAGAUCGAGCUGGAACACCUUGCCACCACGCUGGAUCAGUCAACGUUCAAGCGCAAGUCUUGGAAGGCACUAGCGAUCAUCGGUCUGGCGAUGGAGGAUUUGCAGCUGCCACUGGUUCGAUCGUCAAGUGGCGCGCAUGAUGCUUGGUCGCGGCUGGAGGGACACUUUGAGAAGAGGAGCCUGGCGAACAAGCUCUUUCUUCGUCGUCGUUUCUUUACGACCAGGAUGGAAGAAGGUGAUGAUGUUCUCCGACACAUCAACAAGAUCAAGACUCUAGCGGAACAGCUCGACGCUGUGGGUGCUCCGUCAAGGGCCGACUCGCUGUCGUGGGAACUGGUGACAUCCAGGCUGCUACAUGAAGACAUGAAGCGCAAGGAGCAAGGCAGUGACGGGGUCGCUGCAGGUCAAGCGUAUAUGACAGGUGAGAAGAAGCGUAGUUGA